AUGAGAGAUCUGUUUUGCCCCGAACUCUUCUCCUGUCUUGUCACUGUUGUGGGGUGGGCCAGUAUUUUGCCCAUUGACAGUUGGAGUCCCUUCGGGGUGCCAAGGCGAUUAGACGAAGUCAAAACUGUGCUAUCUACCUUCCACCAUUCCGUGUGGAUAGAACUUUGCUCCGCUCCUCUAAGGCCGAAAGCCCCCUUCUAUCUUCUAGAAGGCAUCCGAGCCGUGGCUACUGAUGAGCAUAAAAGUAAUACCAUCCAAGACAGUAAAACCGUUGAAGGAGUUCAACGGAAUCAAAUUCUGCGUUUCAGGCUACACAUUUUCUUAUGGGAAUGCACCGGUUUUCCCAAGACCAGCUUCAUUUCCGUUUAUCCAGUACAGACCAGCAGCACAUUGGGGACCAGAUGA